AUGCGGGCGGGGGUCGCGCCCCCCAGCGCCCUCCCGCAGCAGCCGGAGCAGCAGCAGCAGCAGCAGCAGCGAGCCGAGAGAACAAGGUCCAGCAGCCAGGCAGUCAGCCUGGGCUCGGCGCCCUGCCCCAGCAGCAGCAGCAGCAGCAACCAGAGGAGGAGGAGGGUGAGGAGGAGGAGGAGAAGGAGGAGGAAGAAGAGAAGGAGGCGCGAGUGGGCUGCUGCUGCUGCCGCUCCUGCGAGCGGCCCGGGCGGCAGCGCUGCGCUGCUAAGGGAGCCGAGGCUGCGUGGGUGUAUUUAA